AUGAUGGUUUUCACUGAACAGAUUCCGCGCUGGUUGGCAUACUCAAUCAUCUCAUCGUUGCUCUGUAUAUGUGGUGGCUUCUGCGUUCCACUCAUCUCAUUCAUCUUUAGAAGCCGUAAGAAUAUCGAUGCUAAGUUGGUGAACUACGGGCUAUCCCUGAGCGCUGGAUCAAUGAUGACAACCGCUUUGUACAAGAUGCUACCUAGUUCGGAUCCAGAGAAGGCCAACCAGAUGAGUGUUUUCCUUGGAGUCCUGAUGGGGAUGAGUCUGAGCCUGUUUUUGAAGUACUUGAUCCAUGCUCGUGCCAGCGAAUCACUUGUACAGUGUGCUCACGAUUCGGAGCUGUUGCAUGAGCACCAUGAACAUGAGCAAAUCACGUCAGACUCCGAUCAAGAGCAAGGAGCAACAGUGGUGGAUCCAAUGCCAACGGACGCAACUCAAACCGCAGAGUUCAUAGCAUCUCAGCAGGUAGUUGGCGAGCAGGGCGCUCUGUUGAAGGCAAAUGAAAGCGCUAAAGAUAGGUGUCGGGAGAAUCUGCUGAAGACCAGACACACUUUGUUGGAUUUGCUAUCUACAGUCGACGCUCAAACAGCAGAAUGCCACCAUUCUGAUGCCUGUGUUCCAAUGACCAAAGGGGAGGGCCUCGCAUGCGUACCACCAAUCGUGAGGCUGCGCCCCAGCAUCACAUCAUUAUCGAAGACAGAUUUACCGGAUGAGGCCAAUGGUGGCACAGUUGGACAACAGGUUAGCGCAGAUUUACUGGGCGUACCAUGCUUAGAAAAUGAAGUCGGAUAUGAUCUGGAAAAUUUGUCCAUUUACCGUCAAAAUUUUCACUCUCAGCGUCAUUCUCAUCGCCACGAUCAUACCACUAGUCAUCAAGCCUCCUCUCAUGAUUAUGGCUCCUUAAACUACACUGACGCAGGUGGAUCUGAAACGGCGUAUCGAACCCAUCACCAUCACCAUCAUUUUGAGACUCCUUUCUCCAAGCUUCUCUCGAUCGGUAUGCAAACAUGCCUGGUUAUCACUCUGCACAAGUUUCCUGAAGGGUUUAUCAUAUUUUAUACCAAUCAGUCCUCAGAUGUAUCGAAGGCACUCGGGUUCUCCAUUUUUCUGAGUUUAUGCAUCCACAAUUUUGUCGAAGGUUUCUCUAUGACUCUACCAUUUUAUGCGGCUUUCGAAUCGAAAGCUUUAGCGCUUCUGGUUACUGCGAUAUUUGGCGGCCUUUCACAACCGCUGGGCGCUUUGAUAGGAUACCUGAUCUUUAGAAAGAAGAAGACCGGCGGAGAUAUGCCACAUAUGGACCUGUAUUUGAGUGUGACAGCUGGAUUUUUGCUGGUAAUAGGACUAGAAAUGCUUCAGACUGGGACUGGUUUUAGUCAAGGUCAUCACCAUCAUGAGGGCGAGGCUGACGAAGAGAUCAAAAGUAAUCAUACGUCGGUCAACACAUGUCUGAAAUGGUGCUGCGUAGGAGCUUUGCUAAUAUUAGCAAGCGGUGUUUUUAAGUAG